CAGCCUGCAGCAGAGAUUAACAAACCCAGCCCUAGGCUUUAGCUUCUCCUCAUCGACGUUCAAAGCCUUUGCUUUGCGGCUCCACUAUCUUCACUCUUCAGAGUUCAUAACGUUGAGUUAGAUGGAAACGAGACCAGACCCUGAUAUUGAUGAUGAUUUUAGCGAACUAUACAAGGAGUACACUGGCCCUCCUGGGUCAAAUGCCACAAACACACAAGAUAGGGCAAAGCCAAACAAAAGGUCCCUUACCGGGUCUGACGAGGAAGAAGAAACUCGCGACCCGAACGCGGUCCCAACUGAUUUCACCAGCCGAGAAGCCAAGGUUUGGGAGGCCAAGUCAAAAGCUACUGAGAGGAACUGGAAGAAGAGGAAGGAAGAGGAAAUGAUUUGCAAAAUCUGCGGGGAACCUGGUCACUUUACUCAGGGGUGUCCAUCUACGCUUGGAGCAAAUCGCAAGUCCCAAGAUUUCUUGGAAAGGGUACCUGCUAGAGAAAAGCAUGUAAAAUCACUUUUCACAGAGAAAGUGAUAGACAGGAUUGAAAAGGAUAUUGGCUGCAAUAUUAAGAUGGAGGAAAAAUUUAUCAUUGUCAGUGGCAAGGAUAGGUUAAUAUUAAGAAAGGGGGUGGAUGCUGUGCACAAAGUGAUUAGAGAGGAAGGUGAGCAAAGAGAUGGUUCUGGUUCUCACAUGACUAGAUCAAGGUCAUCUGAGCAAAGUCCUGUUGGUUCACGGUUACAACGCUCUGAAUCCCAGAGGUCUCAUUCUGGUCCCCGAAAUGGGUCACAUUUUCAACAAAGAUUUCACAGGCAGGAGAAGUUUGUUGAAGACCGUAUACGUCAGGAUAUGCAGAAAUUUUCCAGGGGUUCUCCACAAGCUUAUGGUAAUGAUGGAGCUAGAGGUCGUCCAAGUCAUUCAAAUUCUCCAGCCCGUGCCCCUUACAUGGGAAACUCGUAUAGUUCAUAUGAUGGUCAUAAUCAGAGCAUGGCUACUUAUAGAAAUGAUGGGUGGGAUUCUGAUAAAAAAGGACCUGAUAUGCAAUCUGGUCGUCAGUUUGAUUACUCUGCCACCCCUCAGACAUUAGAAGAAUUAGAAUUGGAGUACAAAAGAGAGGCAAUGGAACUUGGAAGAAUUCGUGACAAGGAAGAAGAUGAAGAAAAUUACAAACAUCGUGAGGUGAUUAGGGAAAUGAGAGAGAACUACAUGAAGAAACUGGGUACCCUGAGGGGGAUGCAUGCAAAACAGUGGGAGGAUUUUAUUCAAAUUGAUGCCCAGAGGCAUCAACAACAGGCUAAUCAGCAGAUGUCGACUUCAGGUUUUGGUGGUUAUAAAUCACAGAAUUAUAAUGAAUAUGAUGGCUCCUCAGCCAAUCCUCAUUAUGCCGGGGCCAGUUUAGCUAUGGAUUCAAGGAGCAGAUACCCAAACCCUAUGGAAAAUUAUCCGUCAAGGCCUCAUGACAACUUUGGCGAGUUCCAGCGUCAGAGGCAUGAUGAUUAUGGGAGAGGUUACGGUCGAUACUGAAUGUUUAAGUGCAAUUACAUUUGGGUGCAGGUCUGAGUAAUGUAGCGGUAUGCACAGGGGAGCACCAAAUCUAGGUAAGCAUGUUUUCUAUGAUUUAAAAUUGAGGGAAGAAUUGUGCACAUUAAUCGAGUGGUACGGCUGCUGUUUUGCAAUAUGGUGACUCAGUUCUGUUUAGAACUUGUUGUAAAGAAGUGAGACAUGAUUUCUAUUGGCUAGUAAUGUUUGGAUUUUUGACAGUAUUCAUUGGGUUAUAAUUAAAGUAGAUACUCUUCAUCUUAA